AUGAUGUGUUCAAAGCCAGAAAGUAACAAAGGGCGUGUUGUUAUCGCUGGAUUGUUUCCAAUUUCGGAGUCUGUUCCCGAGGGGCUUAUUGGCCGUGGGGUGAAGCCCGCAGUGGAACUUGCUCUUCAUAUGAUCAACAAAGAGCACUCCGUCCUUCCGCAUCACACAUUAGAUAUCAUUGAUAGUGAUACCAAGUGUGAUAUGGCCGUGGCUACUAAGUUCUUUUUCGACAUGGUGGACAGCAACACCACGAUGGUUUUAUUGUUUGGUGAUGCGUGCUCAACUGUAUCGGGGCCAAUAGCAGAAAUAUCCAAAGAGUGGAACGUUUCUCUGUUGUCAUACGCUGACAUGGACCCGGCCCUCUCUGACAGAAAGAAGUAUCACAAUUUCUACAGAACUGUCCCCAGCGACAACGAUUUUAACCCUGCCCGCCUGGCUUUGCUGAAAACAUUUAAUUGGACAACUGUGGGGACCAUAUUUCAAAGCGUUUCCAAAGGAACUGCCAGAUAUGAUGACGUGUUCUCUGUUGCCAUGUUUUUAUUGCUAGUAAUUGUUGCUAGUAAAAUUUGCUUUCAGAGAAAUGAUGUGCGGAUUAUUAUUGGAAACUUUGAUGAAAAGAUGGCUAGACGCGUCUUUUGUCAGGCCUACUCAAAUCAAAUGUAUGGUGCCAAAUACCAGUGGAUUAUUGUCGGGGGCUACCCACAAGACUGGUGGAUGGCUGAGGAUGCGCAAUUCAACUUAACCUGUUCUGCAGCACAACUGAACGACUCAAUUCAGGGUUACAUCUCCACGGAUGUCCUUCCACUUAGUACUAGCACUAGAAAGACAGAGUCGGGUCUAACUUCAUCAGAAUACUUUAAAGAAUAUCAGAAGUACCUGCUGCAACACGGCAGUCCAUACAGCAAGUACCACGGGUACGCAUUUGACGGAGUCUGGGUCAUUGCCAAGGCUGUAGAUGCAGUCAUUAGGAAGGCAGUAGGGAAUGGAUUGCCGCCUACACUUACCAAUAAUCUCUUCCGAGGCGACCACCUUGCAAUUGCUCUAAAUAGCACGGAUUUUAGAGGUGUUACGGGACGUAUCCGCUUCAACGGCGGUGACAGGGUGGGAUCUAUUUUAGUGGAACAGUACCAAGGAGAUUAUAUGGUAAAGAUAUACGAAUACCAUCGUAUAACUGAUGUUUUGACUUAUAAAUGCCAAGAUUGUAGACCUCUUAUUUUCCAAGGCAGAGGUCCGCCUAUCGAUCGGAAGCAUGUACGCGAGGAGUUCCGACGGAUUCCACAGGGAAUAUACUACGGCAUGUGUACCCUGUCCGGACUGGGCAUCAUCAUGUCCAUCUUUUUCCUAGCCGUUAAUAUCUGGUUCCGCGAACACAGGUACAUAAAGAUGUCUUCCCCAAACCUUAACAACAUUAUCAUUGUGGGAUGUAUCAUGACCUACCUCAGCGUCUUCUUACUUGGAACGGACGGAGGUGUCAUUGACAUUCAUUAUCUUGGCUACAUGUGUACAUCUCGUGCCUGGGUGCUUUCCAUUGGUUUCACUUUAGCUUUCGGAGCAAUGUUCUCCAAGACAUGGCGAGUUCAUUCCAUAUUUACAAAUAUUAAACUUCAUAAAAAGGUUAUCAAAGAUUACAAAUUGAUUAUGGUUGUGACCAUAUUAUUGUUUCUUGACGCUGCAAUCCUUGUGUCUUGGCAAAUCAUAGAUCCUCUUCGUACAUCCGUCAAACAUCUAGCCGUCCUGGUUGAAGGCGAUUUGGAUAUCAUACCAAUCGUUGAAUAUUGUAGCAGUGAACGAAUGACCAUAUGGCUUGUGCUCAUAUAUGCGUACAAGGGAUUGCUUUUGGUGUUCGGUUGUUUCCUCGCUUGGGAGACGCGUCAGGUGACCAUUCCGGCACUGAACGACUCCAAGUACAUCGGCAUGAGCGUCUAUAAUGUGGUAAUCACAUGCGUUUGCGGUGCCGCCGUGUCCUUUCUCAUCAAUGACCAGCCAACAUCCUCUCUCGUUAUCAUCGGUCUCUUCAUUAUCUUCAGUACAACCGUCACAUUGUGUCUUGUCUUUGUCCCAAAGAUUGUUGAACUGCAACGCGACCCAACCGGGGAGGAAAGGCGAAUUCGUGCCAAGCUUCAGAAGCCAAAGAAACAAACGAGCAGUGAUGAUGCGACUAUAGAUCUGCAUCGGCGCAACGAGGAGCUGCAGGAAGAGAACAUCAAAUUCAGAGCAAUUAUUGCUGAUUACCAUCAUAAGCGUCAAAAUCAUUACUAUCGUCAGUCAAUUGGUUGA